AUGCGUAUGCUAUCAACCAUUCGAAACAUCUCAAAGUCAUAUUUUGGCCUGCCAGAAACGCCUCUAUCGAUAACCUGUCGAGGCGUACCUAUCGUUCACGAGGACCUAUUCGCGUACACAAAUGGCCAUUUCCUGGUUGACGAAGAAAACCAGCAUAGCCGACGAUAUGUCCGGUUUGAUCUGGACGCGCUUUGCAACACUGCUUCUACAGCCGGUGGGAAUACUAGUCAGAUCACCGCCAUUGAGAAAAUGGAAGGAGGUUUUAGCAAAGCUUUCUUGAUGCGCAAAUCUGAUGGAACGGACGUGAUAGCUAAAAUCCCAUGCCGGAUUGCUGGGCCACCUUCAUUAACAACAUCUAGCGAGGUGGGAGUUUUAGAAUAUGUUAGGAGAUACACAAGCAUUCCCGUCCCUCGUGUCCUUUCAUGGUCAUCGGAUGGGUCGAAUGCUGUUGGUGCCGAGUAUAUAAUCAUGGAGAAAGCUGCCGGUGUUCCGCUAUUUGAACGCUGGGGCAAUAUGGAUGAGUUCGAAAAGCUGCAACUGAUCAAGAACCUCACCGAACUUGAGGCUCAACUGUCGUCUAUACAAUUUCCUGCCUACGGAGGAUUGUACCUUCGGACCGAUAUAAGAGGAUCAACUCGCACCCUCGACGAUGAUAUUGAUCCAUCUCAGUCUUUCGAAAUUGGUCCUUCCUGCGAUCGUGCAUUCGAUCGUAAGACGACUCGAAAGUGUAACCAAGGGCCUUGGGACACACUCUCGAGCUUUGGGUCAUCCAUCGCACAACGAGAAUUGUUACAAAUAUCUAAUGCAGGCCAACCAGAUAAGUAUGGCUUUUACAAAGGGACCGUUGAUGAACAAAGCCAACUCUUGAAAAUCACAAUGGGCCUUAUGAAGCUCUUAGACUCAAACGAACUACUGAAGAAAGUUUCUCAGCCUACACUGUGGCACACCGACCUUCAUAUGGGAAAUAUUUUCGUUGCUCCCGAGGAGCCUUCAAGAAUUGUUUCCCUCAUCGAUUUCCAAUCAACGUCCGUACUUCCCGCAUUUCUCCAGGCCCGUUGGCCCGUGUUUCUCAGGCCACCGCAGAACUACGAUUAUGUGAAGGGAAUAUUCCAUCCUGAACUCCCUGAAAACUUUAAAGAACUUGACGAAGAAAGCAAAGUUAUUGCUUUACGUGACUGGACCCAAGUGAAGUUGGCAAAAGCUUAUGAAGUUUCCACCUACCUUGAAGACAGACCAGCGUCUAAUGCGAUGAAUGUACCUCGUAUAUUUCAGGAGCUCUUCACUCGCUGUGGAGAAGUCUCUGAGGUGGGCAUUGUUCCUCUUCGUGCGUGUCUGAUAGAAAUUUCUCAGAGUUGGUCGGAGCUUGGCUUUCAUGGAGAAUGUCCCUUUACAUUCAGCCAACAAGAUAUUGACGAACAUGAACGUCACUUCGCCGAAUACCAAGCUUGGUAUGAUGUUAGAGCACUUGCUGAAGAGUGUCUCGACACCGAUUCAGAAGGAUGGAUUGCUCCGCAAUUGGAUAUAAAUGAGAAGAGAAGGCAAAACGAGGAGCUACUGGCCAUGUGCAUCGAAAGAGUUGCUGGUGAGAGAUCUGUGCAAGAGGCGAAGGCUAUGUGGCCUUUUUCUUGA